AUGUAUUCAAUUUAAGAGUUUGCUGAGGAAUAUCCCAAACUUAUUGAAUCCAUAUUUGAUAUUGAAAAAUUACUAAAUGGCGGCAGUUGGAAAAAAAUUCAAUAAGUUUCAAUCGAAAAUUUACUACACUAACUACAAACAACCAAAGAAGUAUUAAAAAUUAAAAAUGAUUAGAAAGGAUUAGAUGAUUAAGAAAAGAUUUUAUACAAUUAAAAGUAUUUUGGAGGAAGAAAUUUGGCAAUAGAAUAUAAUUCCAUACCUAUUUUUAAAUAAUUUUGGAAUUAUUUCCAGACCUAAAUUUUUUUAUGGAUGACUUUAUUGAUUCCAAUAUACUAAUUGACGCUUAAUUAAGAAAAUUAAAGUAAAGAGGAAUAUUUAAGCUAGUAAUUAUUGAUUUAUUAACUUAGUAAAUACUCUCUUAUGAUCUUGAUAAUAAUUGCUAUUUAUAAUUUGAUUAUUGAAUUUAAAGUGAUUCAAAACAAGAAUGGUUAUUUAUAAGACAUAAAAAGAAAAAUAGUUUAAGUAAUAAGAGGGGAAAAAUAGUGUAUAUCUUGUGAUGAACUAGUAGUUGGGGAUGUAUUGCUUUUUAAAACUGGAGAUAUAUUUCCAGUUGAUGGUAAGUAUCUUAAUAAUAUUAUAAGGAAUUUUAUUAGAGGGAACUACUGUUAUGGUUGAUGAAUCCUUUUUAACUCAAAAGAAUGAUCCUUUAUAUAAAUUAACAGUUGAUGAAAUUGCACGAAAUCAAACUGGAAAACAUUAUUAUUGUAACCCAUUUUUAUUUAGUGGAACAAAGUGUGUAAAUGGAAGUGGGAGAAUGUUAGUUAUGACAGUAGGAAAGAAUAUAUUUUCAAGCAAAUUAUAAUUAGAUACUUAGUAGAAUGUUAUAUUAACAACUGACUCAUCUAAAAUAAAUGGGAAGAUAUAUUGGCUAAAUUAUUUCAUAAUUACCAUUAUACUAUUCAUCAUUAUGCUUCGUUUUUAUUAUAAGAUUUUUAAUUAAAAUAAUGAUACUGAUAAAAAAAGUAUUAUGUGGGAAAUAUUAUCAUAAGAAACGACUAAAGAAAUGUUAUAUUUUUUUAGUAUUUUCUUUUUUACAAUUCCAAUAUCCCUGCCACUCUAAAUAUUGAUGCUCUUAUAAUAACUCUCAAAAGAUUGUUAAUUUCAAUAAAUUAGAUUUCAAAAUAUUAAAUCAAUUGAAUAAUUAGUUUAAAGUAAAUAAAUCAUGAUACAAGAUAUAAAUCAGAUUAAUAAACAUCAAUUCUUAAAAGUUCAAUGCAUUUAUCUUGGAUUAAAUCAGGUUUUUUUAGAUUCUAAUUUUUAAAUAAAAAAAUAAUUAAAUAGGAAUGUGAUUGAAAUUUUAACCAAAUCCAUUUGGAAUAAUUCUCUCAUCUCUUCUUAAAAAGAUAACCAUACUAAUUAAUGGAAACAUAGUGGGGAUAACAUUGAAUGUGCUUUAAUUAAUUUUUCAAGUGAUUUAGGAAAGGAAUAUGACAAUGGCAUUUUUGAUGAAAAGCUUAUAAUAUAAAAAUUCUACAACUAAAAAAGGCAAUGCAUGAGUUCUGUUUAUCAAUCAAAUAACACUAAAAAAUUAAGAAUGUAUACAAAAGGCGAAGCUAAUUUAAUUUUAAAUUUAUGCAAAUACUAUAUAUCUAAUAUAGGAGAUUAAAAGUAAUUAGCAGAAGAGGACCGCAAAAAAAUUUAAACUGAAAUUUAAAGUCUUUUAAAAAAAUCUCCCAUUUUAAUUGCUAUCGCUUAUAAAGACAUUGAAGAAGUUCCAAUUAUAUUAACAGAUAUAGAACAAGAAGAAUCAAAUUUAACAUUUAUUUGUAUUUUAAUUUUUGAAUAUACACUAAAAACUUAAGGUAUGUAAGAGUCAUUAAAGUAUCUUAAAGAAAAGAAUAUUUCGUUAAUUUUAGAAAAUUAAAUUGACUUUGGGCAAAUUGAUAAUUUUAAGUAUUCUAUCGACAGCAUAUAUCCUAAUUCAGAUCUAAUAUAGAGAGAAAUGAAAUUCGAAAAUUAUCAAAAAAUAAACAGGGUUAUAAUAAGCUUUGCAAACUUAGAAUAAAUCAUAGUUGGUAUAAAAAUUAUUUAUAAUUAGCAAUAAAAAAUUCAGAAAUAAUAUCACAAAUUUCAAUGGAAAUUAUUGUAGUAACCCUUUAAAACAAUAUUACUAUAUUAAACUUAAUAUUGGCUCAUUUUUUGAAUUUCGGUAAUAACCCUUUUGUCCUUUAACAAAUAAUCUAUUUUAGUAUCAUGUUUGAUAUCUUCUUACUAUUUAUUAAACUCAAAUAAUAUUGCUAUAAAACUUAAAAUUAAUACGAAGGUGAAAAUGAAUCCGAUACAUUAAACUUAUAAGACUAAAAAGUUAUAUCUGGUGUUAUAUGUACUGUUGUAAUUUAAUUUAUAAUUUAUUUAUUUAUUAAAUUAUCUCUACCCUUAUAUUUGAAUCUCCAUUAUCCGAAUAUCAAUUAAAAGGUAUUUAUUAUAAUUUAAAAAAGGAAUUUGAAUUUACAAUUUUUGUGCAUUUAAUAAUUUUCGUGCAAAUUAUUUAAAUAAUUGUAUAGAAUGGUAAAUAAAAUAAAUUAGGGAUUGUGUUUUAACUUUGUCUUUUAGUUGCAAAUAGUUUUAUAUUAGCAAGUUUUUCGGAUUUUUUUCACCUUUAUAAAAUUAAUUAUUUUGAAAUAAAAGGAUUGUUUAUUAUUUUGGUUUUUAUUGCUUUUCUAAUUAAAGUAGCUUUAAAAUAGAUUUUAUAAGAUAAGUUUAAAAUUAAUUAAGAAUAUUAGAGUUUUAUAUCAAAGAUGCUUACUCAAAGAAUUUAAUAUUUACAUUCAUUAGAAAAAUAGUUAACUUAAUAAGAAAUAGAUUAUAUAAAUAAUUAAAGAAAUUAAUUUAUUAAAUAAACAGCAAAAAUUAAUUUUUAAGAAGAAAAAAGAAUAUUAGAAUAAGCACUAACAAAAAGUAGAGAUGAAUAAAGAAAAAUAAAAUAGGAAGAAGAAGAACGAAAAAGAAAAAUAAAAGAAUAAGAAGAGGAAAGAUAAAGAAAAAUAAAAGAAGAAGAAGAAGAAAGAAAAAGAAAAAUAAAGUAAGAAGAAGAGGAAAGAUAAAGAAAAAUAAAGGAAUAAGAAGAAGAACGACAAAGAAAAAUAAAGUAAGAAGAGGAGGAAAGAUAAAGAAAAAUAAAGGAAUAAGAAAGAAAAAUAAAGUAAGAAGAGGAGGAAAGAUAAAGAAAAAUAAAAGAAUAAGAAAGAAAAAUAAAGUAAGAAGAAGAGGAAAGAUAAAGAAAAAUAAAGGAAUAAGAAAGAAAAAUAAAGUAAGAAGAGGAGGAAAGAUAAAGAAAAAUAAAAGAAUAAGAAAGAAAAAUAAAGUAAGAAGAAGAGGAAAGAUAAAGAAAAAUAAAGGAAUAAGAAAGAAAAAUAAAGUAAGAAGAGGAGGAAAGAUAAAGAAAAAUAAAAGAAUAAGAAAGAAAAAUAAAGUAAGAAGAAGAGGAAAGAUAAAGAAAAAUAAAGGAAUAAGAAAGAAAAAUAAAGUAAGAAGAGGAGGAAAGAUAAAGAAAAAUAAAAGAAUAAGAAAGAAAAAUAAAGUAAGAAGAAGAGGAAAGAUAAAGAAAAAUAAAGGAAUAAGAAAGAAAAAUAAAGUAAGAAGAGGAGGAAAGAUAAAGAAAAAUAAAAGAAUAAGAAAGAAAAAUAAAGUAAGAAGAAGAGGAAAGAUAAAGAAAAAUAAAGGAAUAAGAAAGAAAAAUAAAGUAAGAAGAGGAGGAAAGAUAAAGAAAAAUAAAAGAAUAAGAAAGAAAAAUAAAGUAAGAAGAAGAGGAAAGAUAAAGAAAAAUAAAGGAAUAAGAAAGAAAAAUAAAGUAAGAAGAGGAGGAAAGAUAAAGAAAAAUAAAAGAAUAAGAAAGAAAAAUAAAGUAAGAAGAAGAGGAAAGAUAAAGAAAAAUAAAGGAAUAAGAAAGAAAAAUAAAGUAAGAAGAAGAGGAAAGAUAAAGAAAAAUAAAGGAAUAAGAAAGAAAAAUAAAGUAAGAAGAAGAGGAAAGAUAAAGAAAAAUAAAGGAAGAAGAAGAGGAAAGAUAAAGAAAAAUAAAGGAAGAAGAAGAGGAAAGAUAAAGAAAAAUAAAAGAAUAAGAAGAGGAAAGAUAAAGAAAAAUAAAAGAAUAAGAAAGAAAAAUAAAGGAAGAAGAGGAAGAGAGAAUUAAAAAAUAAUAAGAAAUCGAAAGAUAAUAAUAAAAUAUGCAAAAAUAAAUAACAGUAUUGGUACAAAUAAUUUAAACAAUUUAAUUAGAUUAAAAAAUAUCAUAUAAUAACUAACGAUAUUAAUUUGCUAAAAAUUCUUAAAAGCUAAUUAAAGUAUUGUUGGAUACAGAUUAAGCAGUCAAAAUCAAAAAACCUACUGUUACCGAUCUGGAAAUAAAGGAUGUUACUUAAAAUUAAGAAGCAAACGUUAAAUUAAAUGUAGAUUUAGCAUUGUUUGUUUUAAAAGAAUCUUUUUCAGAAACUGUUGAAGUAGUUAGUACAUCUAAGUCUGUUGUUGGUGGAUUGGAAUCACUUUUUACUGGACAAAAUAUAGAUUAAUCUUGUUUUCGAUUUACUCUUAACAUGGUUUAAUAUAUAAAAGUUAGUAAACAACCAAAUUUUAGUAAGGAAAUGUAUUUGGAAGAUUUUAAAGAAAAAAUAUCUAAUAAUUUUAAGAUUGAUGCAAAAAGAGUAGAAAUUUUAGGAGGUUUUGAGGAAAAUUCUCAAUCAAUUGAUUUUAAGAUAGAAGGCAAAGAAAAUUUAAAUCCUGAGGAAUAGCAAUUCCUUUAGACUACUUUUAAUGGUACCUUAGAGCAUUAUAAAUAUUUUUAAUAAGCAAUUGAUAAAAAAAAUAAAAAUUUGUAGCCAAAUGACAAAAAAUAUAUUGGACUUUCGAAAGACGACUUUAAUCCAAAAUAUAAUAUGACUUGGAAAAAUUUUUAAGAAUCAUCCUAAAGAGGUCCAUUAUAGAAGAAAUAUACUUAUUAUUUUCCAAAGACCUGUGUUGGAUAUGGAUUAUAGGUAGCUAAUAAAUAUGAGAAUGAUAAUUGGUUAAAAAUGGAUGGAAAUCCAGGAGAAUGGAGAAUACUUUUUCAUGGAACUAAAUAAGAGUUUAUUGUUGAUAUUACUAUAGGUGGUUUAAGAGCUGGAACUCAAUAAUUUUACUAAAAUGAUUAAUGCCUGUUAACAGGAUAAAAGAUUGGAGUUGGAAUUUAUUUUUCAGAUAAAAUAGAAGUCUGUCGAAAGUAUGCUACACCAGUAAAAGUUGAUAAUAAAAAUAUAAGUGUUUAUUUUAUGUCUAGAGUUAGGCCAGAGGCGAUUCGAUAGAGUGAAAGAAUGAAAAAGAUUAAUUAUUUUGUUGUGAAUGAUUCAAAAGAUAUUAGACCAUAUAGAAUUUUAUUGGAAGAAACAUGA